UAAACAAUUUAUAAGAACUGUAAUAAUACAAAACCUAAGAAAUGUCAUUUAUGCACAAAUGAGGGCAUUAAUUAAAGCUUCAGACUUGAUUGCUUUCACGAAGAAGGGAGUCUUUAGAUGUCACUAUAUAGUCGUCUAUAUUUACAUGCAUGUAACGGUGAUCUGUAUCUGUGAGAUGAUUUGGAAUGAUAACAGAAGGAGCAUUGAUCGCGUGUGUAGCUUCCUUUGUUUAAUUUAUUUUGUGAAGACUAUAAUCGCUGGAGUGUACAUUACAUUGUCUUGAAGCUUAAAUUAUUGAUACGUUAAUCUAUUCGCACGUCAUUCGGCGUUUUAAUUGUUUAAACCAUUCUUUUGAUUUUCUUUUACUAGUUUUAUAGUGAUCCUUUAUGAUAGCUGUCUUUUCUGUAUCUAGCUACUGUUUCCGUUGUAAAUGUACGUGCUUGGAUUUUAUGUUUCCCGGUUAAAGUUAUUGUCGUACCACUACCAUGAAAGUACACGUUGAAAAGUGAUAGAAAUGUUUUAUAACGUUGAAAAGUGAUAGAAAUGUUUUAUAUUUUUGAUAGAAGGCAGUUAAAAUUUUAAGAUAUAAGAAUGGGUACACCGGUUUCUAAGACAGAGAAGGUUAGCACAUCUGGUGAUACAACUGCUUCUCCAAGGGAUAAAAGUGAAAUAGGGAUUUUAAAUGACGGAAAUAUACCCAAUGAUAAAAAUAACUUGUCGAGCAAAAACAACACAGAACCGCUAGAAGAUGAAAACGAUGUAAGACACGCAUUAUGUGUUGUUGACGAUGACGACGACAUUGAUGAGCAGGAUUGGGGUGAUAUUUAUAAACGACUGAAAACAAACUGCACCGAUGAUCUUCAUAUUGUAAACACAAGAUUCAACACAACCGCUCUCCAGUCACUGCCUGAUGGCAGUGUAAGAACGGCUGGUCCUAUUUUUACUUCAACUGUUGCUGAAAGGCCAACGAGAAUAACUUCUGCUAACUAUAAUCCACAUGCUGUGGCAUUAGAAAGGGACAAGUCAAGAACUAAUUCUGCUCUACCUUGGAAAACAUAUAUACUGGAAGACGAGUCUUCGAAAGAAUCAAAAGUAAACACUACUGGUCUUAACACCGGUGAAUCUUUGCAAUUCAAAGAAAAUCUGUCAAACCAAGCCAAUAGUAUUAAUAAAGAAAAUUCUCAUGGUGAAUCCAUAGACGAAAAUCUUACUAACCCACUGGUACAAGAACAUCUAUUUCAAGGGCAAAAAUGUCUUGAUGUUCCGUAUGACUUAAAAAGAAUGCAAUCCCCUGCUCCAAAAGGUGCUGAAAAUGAUUGUCUGGCUGGAGACGACAGUGAUUUUGACCCAUUUGAAGGACUGGACAUACCAAGACAGCGGGUUCAUUCUUUUGGUUCAGCUUCAGUUUAUUCUGUUAAAGAAAUAUCUGAUGAUGUGUUCCAGCAAUAUAAGACAGAAAUCAAAAACUGUAUUAGAAGUUAUGGAUUUUUCGAGGCAUUACCCUCUCCAACGAUCAUCAGUGAGGCUCAGAAGAUAUACAGGAGGUUAGAUUUACCAUCUCCUGUUGACGAUGACGGAAAUGUUCUACCGCAUCCACCUAAGGUUACAAAAAGUGAAUAUUUGGCAGCUGAAACGAACACUCUGGAGGAAGCAAGAGAUAGGAUAAAAAACAUGCCUGAAUCAUUACAACUGGAUGGUGACAUGGUUGAUAUUGUACAUUAUCUGUGUGAAGGACUAGAUGAUGACAUGAGAAAAUUGACAAUGUUAUCUACAUGGAUCGUAUAUAAACAGCUGCAAGAAACUGAAAACAGAAAGUCUAAAACACGAGACGAGUGGUGCAGACAAUUCCGAACAAUGUGCAAAUUUGCCAGGAUUAAAACAAAGCUAGUAAAAGGUAUUAUUCGGGGACCAGCAUUUAUACCAGGAGAUUCACUUGAUAAAUAUCACGGACAUUGGCUGGCAAUAUUGAUAAACUACGUUUGGUUUUUGCUAGACCCAUGUAUACAUCAAGAAUCAAAAGAUAGUAUUACUACAACAAAGGGCGCUUCACCAGAUGAAAAGGACGUAAAUUUGUUCAACCAUGUCGAGAAAAUAUUUCAAGAUCCUGAAGAUUUUAUUUUCACUCAUUAUCCCGACGAUGAACAUUGGCAAUUGCUAGCUAGACCAGUUACACACACCGAACUUACUGACUUGGCGGUAUUAAGGUCAGGCUAUUUUACUUUCCAUAUGACUGUUUUAAACAGCCCAAGGUCAGUUAUGGUUGUGAAAACGCCUGAAACACUGAUAGCGCUAUCAUUUAAACAAGACGAUUUGCUUCAAUUUAAGUGCAAAUUUCAAAGUUGCGAUGACUCUAUAACUUUAGUACGCGCGCGGGCGUACGUUUUCUUGGAAACGAUUGUGGAAAAUCAUAAGAUAAAUGUGCGGGUACGGUUUCCAAAGAAAGGAUCAUACGUUUUGGAUAUAAUUGGAUUCUCUGAAGAGCAUUUAUGGCAAAAUGUUAUCUCAUAUAAAAUAAUAUAUGAGGGUGAAAGCUUUUCUAAACCUUUCCCAGCAAAUCCACGAGAGGAAUGGGGACCUGGAAUGGACACCUUUAAAUUAGGAUUAACACCUCUUUUUCAUCAUUCUGGGGAAAUCUUAAUGCAAAAAGGUGUCCUUCAGAUCACCUUUCAUGAAGAAAGUAGACUGCAGUUUGAACAUAUUCUUUUCAAAGAAGACACAAACAUAAAAGUAGACUCCUUGAAAGUCAAUAUAUUGAAAGACAAAAACAAUGACGUUAUAUUUGUCGUUGAUAUUGACACUAAAAUUGUAGGUGUAUUUACGCUGCAACUGUCGGCUAGAGUGGAUGCAAAAUCAAGUUAUACUAAUUUUUGCAACUAUCUGAUACGUAAAGAGAAAACAGUGGUAAUUCCUAAAUUGGAAUUCGGUGAUAAGAGUUUGAGUACUGAUAGAAAAGACACUGUUUAUGCACCAGAAAACGGGAAAAUGCAAUUUACCGUUGAUACCACUGGAUUGAUUGAAUUGUCGGUAGAGUUAAAGUUACAUGAUAAGCAAGAGCUUAAUUUGUCAGAUCAUGCAAGGCACUGGAUUGAUGAAAACACCGGUUACAUAGAUUUGAAUUUUCCACGAAAUGGUAAGUAUACUCUACAAGUAUAUGGACGUGAGGUCGAGAAAGGUCGAAUUCGAUCAAUUAGAGAGGAAACAAUACAGGCAGACAUUCCAUCUGAGAAAUGGUCUUGUUUCCCAAAGACUGGAAACGGUUGGAAUUCUUGGUACAACAUCGUGUCUCCGCUUUCACACCACCUGGAGGAGAAAGAAGAUGUCACAUUCAAAAUAAAUGUUCAAAAUGCACUUGAUGUUGCUAUACUUAGUGCAAGUGGUUGGUACCAUUUAGACCGUGUAGGUAAAAGCUGGGUUUGGAUUGGGCAAGUAUGGACUGGACCAAAAUCAACAAGAUGUCGACUGCUUGCAAGAUUUGACGUCGGUUCAGAUAAAUGGUCUGAGCUUUUGUUGUUCAAGAUAAUGGCUGAAGAUGAUUUUGAACAAAUGGUGGAAAGGCAAAAUAAUGUCAGACAGACAGCUUUGGACGAGAAGAAAAUGAAAGAUGACUGAUCGCAAGGACUCCUAACAUAUCAAACAAGAAUGGUGACUAAAUUGAUUUCAAGCAUACAGUCGACACGUUCUUAGCUUUGAAAACAUGCCAGUGUUAUUUGUUUAUCUAAAGCGUUAAAAUGUCAACUGCUCUUUAAACCCAACAAUCAAAAGGUAUGGAUAAACAUGAAAAUAAUUUAAAUGAAGUAUAUGUGGACCUUCCCGAAAAUACAUUAUAAAUAUAUAUAUACAUUUGUAUGUCAAAUCUACAUCAUCGUACGUUGUUAUCACAUCGUACGUUGUUAUCACAUCGUCUUAAUUUGGCUGUUGUAUUUAGUGUAAAUGAAUGAAAGAAUGCAUUUGUCUUUAACAUAGUUGACCAUAUAUUUUGCUAUUAAGUAUUUCAAUAAAAGGAAAAAUACAAGAAUGUUUUUGUAUGAAACAGUGUUAAACUAGUCGUUUAAUUCUUGUCCAAGUCUAUUUUUAUUGACACAAAUUGUUGUGCAUUUACUAGCAUCAGUGUCUUGUUUAAAUUUUUUUGUACUGUAUGACAAUCUCAAUUAAUUUCACCCAAAUGAUAAACGCAAAUUAUUCAAGGAAGUUUCGUUGAUUGUUAAAGACGGAAAAUUAAAUAAUGAUCGUCAAUUCGAACCAGUGGAAGUGAAUCGGGGAGUUUGUAUCUUAAUGAAAAACAGAUAUAUUUUGAUAAUUUAUAUACGUAUAAAAAGAUCUUCUAUGAAACGAAAAAAAUGCAUCAUUAUGAAUGUCAAACAAUUUAUUUUUACCUCGGUAAAUGUUUUUACCAAUGUUUUUAAAACAAUCAUACAACUACUGGAACAGGUUGGACUGUAUGUGUUCAGUGUUUGGCAGUAAUUAAUGCAUAUCAUGAGACACAUCCUUUCAUCCUCAAGUACUUCAUGUCAUCUGUUGCUGUAUGUUUUAUUACUUUCACACAAAUUGUGCAAUAUUAAAAAGUAUUUUGUGUUUAAUGUAGCAAUAAAUAUAAGUAUGUUUUUAAUUAUUUUGUUUGUUUUGUAUUAUCGCUUCUAAUGCAUGAAAAUGCACCAUGAGCAACAAUUUCUUAGCAACUAUAUAUAGCAACUCUGUAUCUUUGUCAUUUAACAUAUACUUAGACAAACCCACAGUCAAUUGAACAUACAUGUUUGUUUCGACCUCUCUUUGAUU